AUAUUUAUACGCAUAAUUUCUACAUGACGUAAUGAAAUAAACAGCCUCACAAUUUUGGGUUUUCCCGAAUUUCCCGAAUUUGACAAAUCUGUGUGUUUUUUUCAAAGUGAAUAAACAAAGACCCAACUUAUGGAUAGAGAGAUAAAAAAAAAACACAUCUGUGAACAGACUGUAACACUUAGUUAUGUCCAGUAAAGAGGCUACUGCAGACAAAGAGUUUCACCGAAAAAGUUCUUGUCUACGUCAAAUGAAAAAUCUUACUGGUAAACAACCUUACAAAUGUGAUGAAUGUUGUAAAGAAUUUAGUAGCAAAGGCAAUUAUAAUAUACACAAGAAAAUCCAUACUGGUGAAAAACCUUACAAAUGUGAUAUUUGUGGAAAAGGAUUUGUCCAACACAGUAACUGUAAAGUUCAUUUGAGAAAACAUACUGGCGAAACACCUUACAAAUGUGAUAAAUGUGGAAAAGUAUUUGGUCAUAAAGGCAAUUAUAAUAUACACAAGAAUAUCCAUACUGGUGGAAAACCUUACAAAUGUGAUAUUUGUGGAAAGGAAUUUUGCCAAAAAAAUAUUUAUCAAAUUCACAUGAGAACACAUACUAGCGAAAAACCUUACAAAUGUGAUGUAUGUGAUAAGGAAUUUGGUCAGAAAGGCAACUAUAAUGAACACAUGAGAAUUCAUACUGGGGAAAAACAUUUUAAAUGUGUUUUUUGUGAUCAAGAGUUUCACCGAGAAAGCGCCUGUCAAAUUCACAUGAGAAAGCAUACUGGUGAACAACCUUACAGAUGUGAUGUUUGUGGAAAACAGUUUCGCAUAAAAAGGAAUUGUCUAACUCACAUGAGAACACAUACUGGCGAAAAACCUUACAAAUGUGAUAUUUGUGAAAAAAAGUUUGGCAAAAAUGAUAGUUGUCUAAUUCACAUGAGAACACAUACUGGUGAAAAACCUUACAAAUGUGAUGAAUGUGGUAAAGAAUUUAGUGCCAAGAGCAACUAUAAUGUACACAUGAAAAAACAUACUGGCGAAAAACCUUACGCAUGUUAUAUUUGUGGAAAAGAAUUUGGCCAAAGCAGUUCUUGUCGUACACACAUGAUAACACAUACUGGCGAAAAACCUUACAGAUGUGAUGUAUGUGGUAAAGCAUUUGGUCACAAAAGCAAUCGUAAUAAACACAUGAAAAUCCAUACUUGGAAAGAUAAGAUGUGAUAUUUUGAAAAAGAGUUGGCAGAAUCAGUAAUUGUCUGAGACAUACAAAAACACAUACUGAUAAAAGAAGACCUAAAAUGUGACGUAUGGGUACAAGCUUUAGUUCCGACGGUUAUUAUCGUAAAGACAUUAUAACCCAUACUUGUGAUGAAUAAUUGCAUGCACAUUUACCUGUAUCGGUAAAUAAUUUAGUGGAAAAGGUAACUUUUAUAGGCACACGAGAAUUCAUGAAAUUUACAAAAGUGGUGUACAUGUGUUGAGUGAAGGAUUAAGUGACAAUAGAUACACGAGAAAUCAUGAAUGUUAUGAUCUUUACAAGUGUGGUAUGCGAAAAUUCAUACAUGUGAUGACCUUUAUACAAGUAUGUCCUUCCGAUGACGUUCAUAUAACACUGAGUACUCAAUUUUGGUAGGAGUAUGUCCUUCGGAUACAUUCAUUUAACACUGAUACUAAGUUUUUGUAGGAGUAUGUCCUUCCGAUAAUAUUCAUAUAACACUAGUACGAAGUUUUUGUACGAAAUGUCCUUCCGAUAACGUUCAUAUAACUCUGGUACUCAAUUUUUGUGGGAAUAUGUUCUUCCGAUACAUUCAUUUACUAAGUUUUUGUAGGAGUACGUCCUUCCGAUAACGUUCAUAUAACACUGGUACUAAGUUUUUGUAUUAGUAUGUCCUUCCGAUAACGUUCUAAAAAGACUUGAACUUACUUAUUUUUGGGCUAGACCCAAACAAAACGUACAUAUUGCACUUUUACUGCCUACUAGAGGUAUAUGGUAGUGUCAUGUUUUUUUUUUAAAUUAUUUGAUGCCAUGGGAUUGGGAUUUUUAGCUUUAAUGUAAACCAUGUCCGGUUUUAACUUGUAUUUACAGCAGAGAUAGCCAGUUUUGUGUUCUGUAAUAUACUGUAACAGUUUAAUUUUACAUGUCCGGUAGCAUCGUUACUUCUCAAAACAUCUUCCGAACAAUAUCUGGACAUCGGUGUCGUGGGCAUGUACAAUUGCCAAACCACACAUGAACGUUCUUUAGUCUUCGUAGAUCUAUUCCAACUUGAAGUCUAUUUGAGUCUACGACAAGCAGAACAUGAUAUUUUAUACCAUUGAAUAUUGAAGCCAUAGUCAUGAAGAUCGAUUACUUGAUUGGUGUUCCGUUAACGUAGCCGCAAAACAAAAACUCGAGAGCUACUUUUGAAUAUUUCUACAAUUUUAAGUAGUUUUCAACUCACAAACACAAUAAUAUUUUCAACAUUUAUUAAAAUAAUUUUUUUUUACAUUUUUUUUAUGUGUUACAUUUUUGUUUUUCGUUCAAUUUUUGGGCAUAAAGAAGGCCGUUAGUUUUCUUGUUUGAAUUGUUUUACAUUGUCAUUUCGGGGCCUUUUAUAACUGACUAUGCGGUAUGGGCUUAGCUCAUUGUUGAAGGCCGUACGAUGACCUAUAGUUGAUAAUUUUUAUGUUAUUUUGGUCUCUUGUGCAGAGUUGUCUCAUUGACAAUCAUAACACAUCAUCUUUUUUAUAUGUA